UGCAGCUUUAAGGCGGCGAUACGUCAUCAACAGGCGACAUGGCGGCUUGAUUUCCAUGAUUUGGACAACAAACGUGAAACGUUGGUGUUGGUGCAAAUGCUGGAAAGUUACUUCUUCUGGACUUGAGACCUCGCAGCUUUCUCUACAACAUCGUGCUUCAACCAGCGAUGAAUCCAGUAAUUAGACAGAGACUUCCUCCGUCUGUGAGGAGUCUGCUGACAGACAUCGGUCCAAAGGAGGAGUGGACGGACACAGAGCCCGACACAGUGACAAGAGACGGGCUUCUGCUCCCGGCCAGAGGAGCUGCUGCUGGACAAGAGGACUUCCUCACGCCAGCCAAGACACAAGAGGAAGAGGAGGAGGGUGGUAGUAACGCCAGAAGGAGCACAGUCUGCAUGUUGUGUAAAUGUAAGCCCUCUUGUUACACCUGCCCUCGGUGUAACAUGCACUACUGUGGCUUGGCUUGCUACCAGAGCCCAAAUCACUCUGCGUGCUCUGAGGAGUUUUACAAGGAGUCUGUUCUGCAGGAGCUGAAGGAGAUGGGGAAAACAGAGAGUGAAGGGAGGAAUAAAAUGGAGGAGAUUCUUGUGGGACUCAGACGAAAGGCAGAAAAGACAGACGGGGGGAUGGAGAGUUUGUUAAAGGACGCUGGUAUUGUGUCAGAUGACAUUGAUGAAGAGGAUGGAGAGAAAGUGCAGGUUGUGGAGCUGCUGUCCAGGUUAGCAGAGCUUCAACAGACCGGAGAAGGGAGUGCAACAGAAAUUCUGAGAAAGCUUGAAGAGAUUGGAGGAGUGGAGCCGGAGCAUGGAGACAUAGAUGAGGGCGCCGAAGGUGCAGAAGGGGAGCUGGACUUGGCUGAUCGGCUCUCAGGGCUGGAUAUUGACACACUUUCAGAGGAGGAGCUGUGGGAAGUUCUCAACAGUAAAGAGAAAGAGACGUUUAUGGGUCUGAUGAAGGGUGGAGCUCUUGGCGGGCUGGUUCCCUUGUGGAAGCCGUGGUGGGAGGAGCACGAGGAUGGAGGGAGAGCCCUGGUGGAGGUGCUUGAGGAGGAAGUGAGCAAACUGGAGAGAGAAAAUUCGACCGAACAGGACGCUGAUACUAAAGUGAAGACAUCACGAGGAGUGGUUCAGAAUCGGGGCAAAUCGGCUACCAAGUUGAGAAAGAUUAAAGGAGCAAACGGAAAGGAAACAAGCAAGGGAAGCUCAACAGAUCCCAGUGUCCCUCAGAUUUCUGCAAAGAUCCCAAAGUUGAGUUCCUUAUGUGCAAAUCCAUCUCCCCUUGUAGGCUAUGGUUUGGUCAAUGCACUCUUUGGCUACACCUUCACCUUGUGCCUAUUUAACAAUGACACUGACUCACUGCUGUUUGAGGUCUGUGACAUGAUUCUUGCUCUGUCUGAGGCCCUGAGCUCAAGCAGGGUGUUCAACUCUGUCCAAGAGGCCUUAGACUGUGGAGAAACUCUCAUUUUGAGCGGAGGUUACCUCGACAAGGAGGAUCCUCUCGCCCCAGCCAGGGGGGUGGAAGCCGUGGCUCACAUCAUGACCGGCCGAGACAGAAAGGAUGCUACGGGAUACUGCCUGGCAGCCUUGAGUCAGCUCCGUUCAGUGCUCUCCAAGGCCAGGUCAGCCCUUUCUAAAGAAGGAGAAGAAGGAGCAAAGAGGCAAAAGUACUUCCUGGCAAGCAAGAAGUGUGAAUUCUUUCAAGCCUGGGUGUUGGACAAUGCACACAGCAUUCGUAGACUAGCUAUUGAGUUGUGGAACGAACACAGUAAAAGAGAGAGCGUAAGGAGCAGCAUGGAGAAAGCAAAGACUGUAGUUGAGGAGAGCUUGAAGAAAGGGAAGAGCAAGGCGAAUAGUAAGUUAAUUGAAGAACUGAACUAGUCUUUCUUGAACAUAUUGAUGUUUGUAAAAGUUUAAAUUGUAAUAAAAAUAUAUGAGAA